AUGACCACUAAGUCUGCGAAAGCACCAAUCCCUGUGACAAUCUUAUCUGGAUUUUUGGGUUCAGGUAAGACGACACUUCUAGAAAGAAUCUUGACAGGCAACCAUGGUCUUAAGAUCGCCGUCAUCAUCAAUGAUAUGUCAGAAUUGAACGUUGAUGCUACUCUUAUCCAGAAUCAUAAAGUCUCCAAUAAAGAGGAAAAAUUGAUUCAAUUGCAAAACGGUUGUAUCUGUUGUACGUUGCGUGGUGAUUUACUUGAAGAACUGGUCGGCCUAUAUGAUAACGGUGACUUCGAUUACAUUGUGAUCGAGUCAACUGGUAUCGCGGAACCAAUGCAAGUCGCAGAAACGUUUUCAAGUGAAUUCUCUCAAACUUUACUGGAUACCCCUGAUAGUGUUACUGAAGAGGAACAAGAACUAUUGAAAAAAGUUCUUUCUUUGGGUGGUUUGGAAAAAAUUACAAAGAUCGAUUGCUGUGUCACAGUGGUUGACGCUUUGAAUUUCCUCUCGAACAUCGAAACAACGGACUUUUUGGUUAACAGAUGGGGUGACAGUGGGCAGGGUGAAUCAGAACGUACUGUUACUGAUUUAAUGGUUGACCAAAUAGAGUUCUCUGACAUUAUUGUCAUUAACAAAGUGUCUGAGAUCAAGAAAAAUAAAUUGGCCAAGAUUGAAAAAAUGAUCAAGAAUUUAAAUCCAGUGGCUAAGAUUCUACGUGCUGAUUACGCCAACGUUCCAAUGAGUAGCAUUAUCAACACUAAUUUGUUUGACUUCGAUAGAGCAGCAACAUCAGCUGGGUGGUUACGUAGUAUAAAUGACAUGACACUACGAGAAGGUUAUGGUGAUAAAACCAAGAGUGUUUUGACACCAAAGCCGGAAACCGAGGAGUUUGGUGUGAAUAAUUUUGUUUAUAAUGCAAGAAAACCUUUCCAUCCAGAAAGGUUAUACAACACUCUAAAGGACAAAUUUUUCGUCAUUGAGCAGACUCCAUUAGCUUCGAUUGAAACCGUCGAUGAAUAUGAUGGUGGUGAUAUUGAAGAUGUUGAUGAGAACAAGGAAGGUGAAGAAGAAGAAGAGGAAGAAGAAGAACUAGGUGAGAAGGAAAUUUUGAAAAAUAGAGCAGCUUCACCAUUUGGUCCUCUGUUACGUUCCAAGGGGUUCUUUUGGUUGGCUACCAGAUACAUAAUGAGAGGUGAAUGGUCUUCUGCUGGUCCUAUGCUGACAUUGAAAGGCGGUAUCCCUUGGUUCGAUGUGAGCGGUUUUGAAGAUAUUCCACCCGAGACUGUCAAAUUGAUCAAAACCGAAUUCCAAGGUCCAUAUGGUGACAGGCGUAAUGAGUUGGUCUUCAUCGGUCUAGGUAUCGACAAGAAAAAAAUGACUGAAACUCUCGAUUCAUGUCUAUUGACAGACGAAGAGUACGAUAAAUUCGUCAAAAUCACUAGCAAAGAGAAGAACCUGUUGAAAAUCGAGAAAAAACUAUCUGAAAUUUUUGAUGACGGUUUCGAGGACUGGGUUCUCUUCGAUGAUGAGGAAGACGACGAAGAAGAGGAAGAGCAAUAG